AGAUGGAAAUGACGGGGUCUACAUCGAGUGUUGGAACGCUGCUGGACAGUAUGCUAAACUUUAAAGAUAAAGAUGGAUCACAUCUCAUCAACGGCAUACAAGCCCCACUCGUAUCAACAGAACUACACAGCAGCCAGACUCCUCUAAAUUCAGAGCAACAUGGCAUUGGUGAGAAAUCAAGUCAAGAUCUGCAUGGUUGUAAUACUAGGAUUCAGCUAAUGGAAAAGGACCCGUGUCAUGAUGAACUGACUCUGCAAACAGCUGGUGUUUUCCCUUCUGAAAGCUGUGACGGGGAUAUUCUAGAAGAUAAAUCUGAAACCGACAACCUGACAAAGAAUACUAGAGAAGAUACUGAAAUGUUGGAGCAACAGAAUAGUGAUAAGGCUAACAUACAAGUCAGUUGCGCCAACAAAAUGAGUGAAGUGCUCUAUGAUGAUAAUAACACCUUGGAGAAGAAUACAAUCUGUGGUGGGAAGGUUACUGUAGAGUGCCACUUGGCCUUGUUACACAAUAAAAGUUCAGAAGCUAGGAGUAACGCCAUUUCAUCUCCAAUGCAGAAGAGGCCCUUUGCGUGCCAGAGCCAUGUAAAUGGUUGCACCAUGAGCUAUGACAGUAAGAACAAUUUAGCCAAGCCUUUUAGGGAAGUCCAUGAGCCGAAGAAACGUUUCGCACGGAGAUUCGCUGGGUGUCGCGAGGAGUUUUCUUCAAAGAAUGAAAGGAAGAUUCAUGAGGGAUCUAGUGCUCACGUCGAGGUCAACACAAAGCAGCCAUCCCAUACCACAUAGUUUACCUCCUGUACC